AUGGGGGCUGAGAAGGAGAGAUUAGAAAUUUCAAGGCCUUUGUUGCUGCUACAGUUAUGGUCCUGGUCUCAUUUGCCACUUGGUCGCCCUAAAAAUAUUGUUGAGAAGCCAAAGGAAAGGGAGGAACCUGGAGAUGAGGAAGAUGAAGAAGUAGACUUGGAUUAUAACCCUGUAUUUGGAGCAAAGUGGUGUGCUCGACAUGAAUUUGAUGUUCCACAUAAUGCGGGUACCGAAUAUUAUCGAAAUCAGAUUGAUUUGAUUCGAGAAGGUGCUAUUGAAUGGCAACCAUAUGAAGACCUUCUGGAUGAGAUGCAUGUCGAAGUACAUGAUGGUACUAAUUGGUGGUUUGCUAGAGUACCACUCAUACAUUUUUGGAUUGUAGAGUUUCACUAUCCAAAUAGGGUGAUGCGGCAAUUCGGAUUAAGACAAGCCAUUCCACCUUCCCCUCCAGGCGGCGAGGUAGAGGUUCGCAAACUGCGAAAAAUUAAGCAUUCUGCAGGAAAACCGCAUAAUUGGGAAGAAGUCCAUGCCAAGUAUGUUCAAGAAUAUGUUGAAGAGUAUGAUCGUGUCCAAGUAGGAGUAGUGCCAGAGGAUAUUCCCUUUGAUGUAGCUAGUUUACCCGAUUACAGACAUUGGUUCCAGCAAUAUUGUAUGUACACAGUAUUCUUUGACUCUCAAUGCUUAGGAGGCCUAGAUAAACCUAUCCCAUAUCCUCGAUAUAGCAUCGAAUGGACCGGGUACAUGCCCAGCGGUCCACCAUUGGCUCGCAUUAGCCUACGUGAGAUAAAGAAUGCUGCAUGGGGGAUCAAAUGUGCUACUACCAGUGGGUGCAAGAAGAUAGGCAAAUCUAUAAUGAGGUCUUGUGUAUGA